AUGGGCGGUCAUUUGAUUUCGCCACAAAAGAUCGACCGGCUUAUCGCCAAGGGUCGGGUGAUUGUAAUUCUCAAGUCCGACCGUAUCUUCGACGUGACGAACUUUGUUGCGGACCAUCCUGGCGGUGAAGAGCUCAUUACCGAGUACCAAGGCAAAGAGAUCACAGAAGUUAUGAAGGACCGCGACAGCCAUGCGCACAGCGAUAGCGCGUACGAGAUGCUCGAAGAUUAUUUUAUUGGAACGCUUACAGACAUGACCGACGACGAGGUCAUGAAGGAGGCCGAGGCGGAAUCCAGCGCCAAAGUGCUGACCCGCACGACCAACUUUGAUCGCGACUUUGAAGAGCACAAAUUCUUGCAUCUCGGAAAACCAUUGUUGAUGCAGAUGCUGCGCGGCAACAUGACCAAGCGGUUUUAUCUCGAGCAGGUCCACAAGCCGCGUCACUACGGCCAGGGAUCCGCGCCUAUCUUUGGCAACUUUUUGGAACCCAUCUCCCUGACCCCAUGGUGGUUUGUUCCUUUGGUUUGGAUCCCCGUGAACAUGCUGCUUUUGACCAUCCCGCUGUCGGAGCUCCCUGUUGGAAAAGUCGCCUCCCUGUACGGGCUCGGCUUGUGUCUGUGGACCCUUGUCGAGUACGUGAUGCAUCGCUUCCUUUUCCAUAUGGACGCCCUGCUCCCGGACCAUCAGGUCGCAUUUACUCUGCACUUUUUGCUCCACGGCUUCCACCACUACCUCCCCAUGGACCGCUACCGACUCGUUCUCCCCCCUGCUCUUUUCGCAGUCUUGUGUCCGCCCCUGUACAAAUUGGCUCAUUUCGUUUUCCGGGACUACUAUGUUUCGCAGGCCGUGUUCUGCGGCGCCCACAUGGGCUACGUCUUGUACGACAUGACCCACUACUUUUUGCAUCACAAAAAGUUGCCCAGCAUCAUGAAGGCCACCAAGGUCUAUCAUCUCGACCACCACUACAAAGAGUACGAUCUCGGCUUCGGCGUCACCUCGCGGUUCUGGGACAGAAUCUUCGGCACGCUGAUUCUUGACACCCGUUAG